AUGGCACGUGCAAUGCAAAUUCAUCGCUUGGAUACAGCUCACAGCCGGGAAGAGCGCAGGCUUAAGGGAUGCGAUUUUAUUGAGAUUGAAGUCCAGCGGCGAUUUUGGUGGCACAUGGUGGCAUCAGACUGGUUAUUAGCAUUUUCGGGAAGUGCCCAGGAAGGCGCUUAUAUCUUCCAACCAAAGCACAUGAAUGUGAACUUCCCGAGCAAUACUGAUGAUGAACUAUUACUGGCCACUGUUGUCCAGCAAGGCUUUCCAUUAUCAGUUCCCACCGCGUUCUCAGGGUCCAUCCAACGAAUUAAAAUGGCAACGCUCUGCCGUGAAGUAGUUGACGCGCUGCCUUCGAUUCUACUGGAUUCCCAGGAAGCGGAAUAUGAAGUCAUACUCGCGCUGGACAAGAAAUUCCAUGAAUUUAUCAAAGACAUUCCAGAUUUCUUCAAAAUGGAUGAAGAAAGCGUUCGAAAGAACCAGGCAAUAUGCAGCGAGCGACCUUAUAUCACUUGGCAGCGGCUCAACCUCCAUUUCAGCUUCCACACACGAUUGUGCCGAUUACAUCGGCCAUACCACUUGGAAGGUAUAACGAAUCCGAAAUAUGCCUAUUCGACCAGGGUAUGCAUACGCUCGGCGCAGACAGUCCUAGAGCUAAGAAAGGCAAUGGACGAGAUCGGUCCCGAGGCGGGAGGGUAUCCCGCGCGGUUCUGGAGAGUCGUGCAGCAUGUAUUUCUGGCAGCGCUUAUUUUAGCAACAGACGUCUCAUUCAACCCCGAAACACCGGACGCAGAGGCCCGCAAGGCAAAAGUACUCGCUGCAUACAAGAGUUUGGAGAAAUCGAAGCAGGAGUCUGGAACGCUCUUUGAGGGCGUACAAAGGAAUAUGCAAACUUUGUUGUCAACGCUCCAAAAGCAGAGACCGCAGGUACCUGUGGCGCCUAGCGAAACAGAGCUGCACGGUACAUUUGUGGGGUCUGAUGAAGUGGCCGGGACCAAUCACAAUGACAGUCGCAUGGACAUGCAGGGUGGAACCAUUGCGAGUGGAGAGUUGGAUGAAAUAAUAAUGGGGGAAGAAAACUGGGAGCAGCUGUGGUCAGAAUUUGUGGCCAUUGCACCAGAUCUAGAUGUUCCGCAGUGGAACUCCUUGCUGGAGGAUGUUGAUUUUGGCUCAGGCUGGCUGGAAAAUGUGUAA